AUGCCUCAUCUACCAACAAUGACUCGCACCCACAAGGCUACCGAUCGCGACCACGUCGGCCUCGCCAAUGGCACCGCCGCCCCUGAGGAGCACCUCCCCCGCUACUUUGGCAAGUCCGGCCACGAGGGCGUCAGUCCAACCGCUACCAAGAAGCAAGGUGGCGGAAAGGGCAAUUGGGGCCAAGCCGGCAUGUCCGAACUCGAAGACUACAGCUACAACCCCAUGAAGCCCAAGCGCCGCAGCAACAGCACGUCGCAAGCCGCCGUCUUCAAGACCAAGUUCGAGUCCCUCGACCCGGAAGUCGUCGAGUACGACGAGGACCUCCACGGCCCGGACCAGGCCGAGCUGGAGAAGAUGUCGACGACGAGCUCGUCCGCUGAUACCAUGGGUUCGGUUGAGGAGGAGGAUUUGAAGGAGGCGAAGUAG